AAUCUGGAAAACGUAAACAAAAAGCAACAUGGCAGCCCCCAGUAGCAGCCAUGCCUCGACACUGUCAUAACGUAUAUGUCGGGGCGGAGACUGGUGUACUUAAAGGAAUUAAUGUCACUGAGGGCGAGGUGCAGACGAGCAACUUCCACAAUUUGACAGCACUAGAGCGGGAGAAUGAAAUCUGCAGCAUGUGCUGGGGUGAUGACGAGCAGCGGCAGGUGCUGCUCGGCCUGCGCUCACAGCAAGUCAAGGUGUAUGACACUGUUCAGGGCACGUUCACCAUGUCACGGCAGCUCAGCUCCGGCUCUGGGCCAGUCAUCGGACUGGCCAAACAUCAGGGCGCGGUGAUCACGGCCGUCGAGUCCGGUAUUGUCACCCUGUGGCGGUACGCCGAGUCGGAGCGGGUCUCCGUGAACGCACUCACCACCGGGGAGAAGCUGUGUCGGAUGCGGCAGAGCCCCGCCGACUCGGCGGUGCUCGCCACAGGCGGUCAGGAGAACGACCUGCAGCUCUGGGACCUGGCGCGGCCCGAGCAUCCCGUCUUCAGGGCCAAAAAUGUACGUCCGGACAUGCUGGACCUGCGGGUGCCGGUAUGGGUGUCCGACAUCACCUUCCUGGAGGAUGCCCGGCGCGUGGCCACCUGCCAUAGACACUCGGUGGUUCGUCUGUACGACACAGCGAGCGGCCAGCGGCGGCCGGUGAUGUCUGUGACUGUGGGGGAGGACGAGCCGCUCACCUGUCUGUCCCGGACCCACCGAGACCACCAGGUGCUGGUAGGCAGCGGCCGCGGCCGGCUGGAGCUCUGUGACAUCCGUAUGGGCCGGACGGUGCUGGCGCUGAAGGGCGUGGCCGGCGGGGUACGGGAGGUCUACUGUCACCCGGAGAGGUCGUACGCUGCCAGCGUGUCACUCGACAGGUUCCUGCUGCUGCACGACCUCGACACCAAGAAACUACUACACAAGGUGUACCUGAAAUCUCGCCUAAACUGCGUGCUGAUGCGGCGCAACUUCAGCCUGAACCCCGAGGACGCCGAAGAGGACGAAGUCGAGGACGCUGCGGUACAGCCAGCACCGGCUUCCACAGGUCCAGAGCUGGAGGACGAGGAGGACGACCUACAGAUCGUGGAGGAGUUCCUGGACGUGCCUCCUGAGGAGACGAAGAAAAAGAAGAAGCGAAAGCUGCCCAAGCUGAAGAUUUCUGGGGAGGAUGUGGCAGACGCGUCACCGAAGAAGCCAAAGCUGCCCAAACUGGUAGAUAUGUCCAAAAAGAAGAAAAAGAAAAAGGUAAAAGCUGGGGAGUCCAAGGGCUGAGUUGUGACUGGGAGGGUUAUUUUUGUAUGACACUAUAUGAUGCAAUGUCAGAGCAGUGUUGAAACAUGUGUACCUCGUACUACGGUAUGUUGUUGGAGGACGAGACCAGAGAAUACAGCGGGCCUUCGA